UGAGCAAACAUAUAAACUUUUUUGCAUGGGAAAUCCUUUAUUGGAUAUUUGUGUCAAUGCUGACGAAGAAUUACUUAAGAAAUAUGAAGAAUUAGUAAAUAAUUAUAAGGUUGAAUAUGUAGCGGGAGGAGCAACUCAAAAUACUGGUCGAUCGGUUCAGUAUCUUCUUCCAUCAAAAACAACUAUUUAUUUUGGUUGUGUUGGUAAAGAUAAGUAUGCUGAUAUAAUGCGUAAAGUAGCAGAAAAGGAUGGUUUGAUAGUUGAUUAUUUAGUUGAUAAUGAACAUCCAACUGGAACUUGUGCUGUUAUUAUUACUGGUUACAAUAGAUCAUUAAUAGCAAAUUUGUCUGCAGCUAAUCAUUAUCAAAAAUCUAAACAUUUGGAUUUACCAGAAAAAUGGAAAAUAGUUGAAAAUGCAAAAUUUUAUUAUAUUGGAGGAUUCUUUUUAACUGUUUCUCCUGAUUCAAUGUUGAAAGUUGCUAAACAUGCUGCUGAAAAUAACAAGCCAUUUAUGACAAAUUUAUCAGCUCCUUUCUUAUGUCAAGUGCCAGCUUUUAAAAAUUCCAUGAAAGAACUUGUUCCUUAUUGGGAUAUAAUUUUUGGUAAUGAAUCAGAAGCUGAAGCAUUUGCUAUCUCCGAAAAUUGGGAGAAUACUAAAUUUCCUAGAGUUGCCAUAAUUACUCAAGGUUCAGAACCAACCAUAGUUGCAUAUCAAGAAACUGGUAAAGUAGAAGAAAUUCCAGUUAUUCCUAUUGAUAAAAAAGAAAUUGUUGAUACUAAUGGUGCAGGUGAUACUUUUGUUGGUGGAUUUUUAAGUCAAUUCAUUCAAGGAAAGAGUAUUAAAGAUUCUAUUAAAGCUGGUCAUUGGUUAGCUAAUAUUAAUCUUAAACGUAUUGGUUCUAGUUUACCAGAUGAGAAAAUUCCUUAUCCUUGUUAA